AUAAAUAGCAGCAAAAGAAGAAAACUACUCUUAAUUUAUUUUUCUCACGAGAAGGGAAAAAAAUGGGAACCGAAAUGCCAGAUAUCCCUGAUGAUUUGUUUGCAAAAAUCGUUAAGCUUGUGGCUGAUGAUCGCUGGUGGUUGCUUGGCCCUAUAUUGAAGGCCGGUCGAAGGGGAAGAGAUGUGGUGUACAGAGACGAUGUUUUGAGGGAUGCUAACAUUUACUCCCUCUGUUCUGACCCAAGCGACCUCUACACAUUCCAUAGUCAGAUAACCGGCCGUCUAGAGCAAGGGCGGCACCGCCCUUUUUUUGAGAGAUGUCUCAAGGCGGGUAACAAGACCGCAAUCUACUAUGAAGGGCUAAGGGUGGUGGCUGAAGGUUGUGACAUCAAGGCGGGUAUUGAACUUCUAGCUCAGUUGGUCCCGGAGGAUGGGUUGGCAACUCUAGCAUGUGGUGUGUUCUCCAUUUGUGAUGGAAAUGAGGGUAUGGCGGUACACUAUCUUGAGCUAUUUGGGAAAUCUCAUGCUGCUUUGGGGACAGAGGCUGUCAGACGUUGGGGAGAGGAGUUGGUUUCGGAUUUGCGUCCAUAUCGAAGAAUGAGCAACAAUUCAUACAGGAGGACGUAUCUCUAUCCAAUUUGCAGAGGCAUCCCGUCGCCGGAUUGUGCCAUUGACUGUGGCAUUGCAUAUGGAGGUUAUGAAAACUUGUGCGACGAGUGUUAUCUAUGGUGGAUGUCAAGGAAGGUAUGUCAAAUGCUAUGAAGUCAUGGUCGAUAAUUUUUCAAGUUGUAAGAAUGUUCAAAUUAUGUUAGUUUUUGCGGAUGUAAUUUUCUUGUUUCUGUAUUAUUUGCUUUGUAUAAUUAUAGUGCUUUUCAUUCUAGCUUACUAUAUGCUAGAAAUAUUGUAUUAAGUCUUUUUAGGGUACUGUCAUGUAUAAUACUAAGGAUAUGGUAUCAAAAAAAACCCUGUUGUCUUUU